UCCACCAACUGAUUGAGGGCCACUCCAUUCGCUCGUGCCUUUUUUUCUCUUUUGUCUGACUCAGUCUCGUCUCGUCUCAGCGGGCCAAGCGUACGCUGGACAAAGACUGAUCGAGACGGCAUUUCGGGAAAAGUUCUUCCGUCGAUCUAUCCCCUCUGCGUACAGUAGGUUGAAGCGUGGGAGAUGGAGUACCUCUCAGGACAAGACGGAAGAAGGUUCGUCGACCUUGACCGAAAGCGGGUGAAGAGGGAAACGAGCGAGGGGGGGAAAGAACGAGCGCUGUACGGGCUUUCUUGUUGGUUCUCUAUCUGUUUAACAUUAUUGAUGUGGAGUGCGACCCUUGAUGUGUCUGAGUUGAGCGUGCAUCUGCUUGCUUGCAAGGAGGCAGGCCGUGCGGGCUGCGAUGCGAUGCGAUGCCCACUACUUGCUCCUACCUCUAGGCGAGUUGUGAAGGGGCGCAGCGGACCAAUCUUCAGCUAGUAGUAGUACUCAACAAGACAACGGACAGCGUUCCGUUACCUGG